AUGCAUCAUAGUCAUAUUGAAGAAUUCAUCCUGGAAAUUGAUUCCAUACAGUACAAAUUGAAAUGCCCACAGGGCGUGGGUUCAGUGGGCAGCAGUUCGUCAAGCAGCAGCACUUCGGUCAAUGUUCUGUCCACAGCUGCUAUGGCGGGCUCGAUGAGGACACUGCCAUCAAGAUGCCACGCACCUCUCAAUGCUGAAUCCAAACUGCAACCGUCAGCUGGUGAUAUGAGCAAACUUCAGACAAACACCAAGCCAAGUCGUCUGCCCCAGAGGGCCCCCAUUAUUACAGCUGCUGUUCCUGGUCACAGCCAAAGUUCAACUGAUCUGUCGACCCCAUUAAAACAGCAACAACAGCCACGAACAACAAAGUUGAGGAGGAAUGGUUCUCUGAGGAUGUCAGUAAUUGAUAAGCAAAAGAAAAAAAAUUUGAUAUUCAAGUCAUCUUUCCAUGAAUUCAUCACUGCCUGGAUUCAACUUAUUACAUUGGAGGGAUCUACAAAACUUAUAGAAGUUCAUAAACACCCAGUGGCAAUUAUUAUUUUUUACCAUUCAACGUUUGUUUAA